AACUUAUAGUGAUCGCACAGUGAUCGUACAUGAGAGUUGUCACCUGGUGAUCGUCGUUAGUUGCGCAACAGCAAAGAAAAUGCCGUUUUAUCAAUUCAAUUCGUUCACUGGCAGGCUGAAGCCGUCUACUAAUUUUCAGCCACUCUAUCCCAUCUCUCCUCUUCCUUUACAGAAAGCAGAGCCAGUAAUAAUUUAUGAUUCCGCCAAGACAAAACCAAUGACAUCCAAGAAUUACUGCACGGACAAACCAAAAACCCUUGAUCCAAAAAUGUGGGCAAAGUAUAAACACUUCCAGGCAGCACUGGACAAACCAGUAUACCUGGCAGGCGGCAAGAAGGAUAAGCUACUAUUUGGAUUCACAGUUGCCUACCUUGCUGUUUGUUCGGCACAAUCACUCGUGUUUAUUUUAAAAGAUUGCUUAAAUAUUAUCUAAAAUAGAAUAAGUGGAUAUUAUGUAGAUAAUUAUAUAGGCUCAUCUGCAAUUCUGUAUUAACAUUACAACUGUUAAUACUGGAAAAUAAAAAGUAAUUGAAUUAAAAAA